AUGGACCCCGUUACUGCUGUUAGUCUCGCUUCGAGUAUUCUCACUUUCAUCGAGUUCUCCCAGAAGCUCAUCAGCGGUACCCUGGAAAUAUCGCGAGCCGGGGAAACAGCCGACAAUGCUCACCUCAGUCAUAUCAACGAGGACUUGCACGAUGUGUCUGGGCACCUUUGUCAGAAGAUUGUCGGGACGUCCGAGAAUGCGGAAGCUCUGAGAGACAUCGCGUCCAAGUGUCGUUCCAUCUCGGACGAUCUAUCCAAGCUUCUGGACACUCUCAAGGCCUCGUCUCAAACAUCAACAUAG